AUGCGACUAGAAGAGCACUCUGUAGGCCUCGUCCUCGUUGGGAUCAUCGGCUUCUUUAAGGUAGGAAGCCAUCGAAACUGGAGUUCUGCCAUUCGAUGCCCGUGUUUCUUUUUGAUGCACUCCUCUUCCUUAUUCUCCUCUUUUUCUUAUCCUCGCUCCUCAUCGGCCGUGGAUACUGAUAAUCUGGAGGCUUGGAUGAUGCAGAGAUCCGGUCAGGAUGAUGUGAAGGUCCGUUCCAGUCUGGAAGAUGAUGCGUUUCAUCUUGAAGCUUCGAGCAGAAGUGAGGUCAUAGUGGUGCCGAACAGAUAUGUUGUAAGGGCCGAGCAGAUGCACCAUGAAGCAGAAGUGGACGCUGCCAUAAAGAUUCCAGUAUAUCGGCGUGUUGAUGCCGAGUGGAUGUGCCAUGUGGAUGCGUUAUGGUACGCAGAAUGUGUCGGCGUGUUGGUGCCGAGCAGACCCAUGAUGGAUGAUUCGUGUGCCGAAGCGGAUGUCACCAUGAUGCUGAAGACUAGCGUGGGGAAGAGGAAGACCGGCGUUGCCUUGGAUCCAUCCUUGAAUGUUAAGUCAGUACAAGGCGGGACCGAAAACGCUAGAAAGCUGAAGGUUACCAGCGCCGUUAGUGAAUGUACGCAAGGCUUCCACGAUACUUCGCCGCCGAGUGAUAACUCCAAAAGUCUCUGCCCAUCGCUCGAGAAGCAUACCCUUAUCCAAGAACAAGACAUUGUUCUGCUCCAACCCUGGCCUAACCACCAAUUGACUAGGCACUCUUGCGCCCGACGUUUGUUGGGAUUGAGUAUGAAUUCCUCUCGCCCUGCUGAUUCCUCCAGAACUGUUGCGACCGUGGUGAGUGAGCCAGAUGUAGCUCUUGUUCACGCCGAGCAAGAUUGCUCAGUGUUCGGCUCGGUCGUUCGCUCGGCAGCCGGUAGUGUUUGCUCUUCUUUCUGCUCUUUCAGGUUUUCAACACAAGUGGGCGUCGAGGCUCUUCGACCGACGGCGCGUGUUUCGUACACUGAUGAGAUUAGGAGCGCUCGUCGCGGUGGUGAGAGCGUCUGUCGUAGCGAGGAGAUCGCGAGCGCGGGCGGCGUUCAUCAGCCGGCUUUCAUAACAGCAGCGCAUAGAACACCACAGCACGGCCGAGGCGUGAGCGAUGCAAUGCCGCAGCGUGGUAACCAGAAUGUCUUUUUGCGCGGUCAAAGAGUCUUUGAACGGCCGCGAAUCAGGUCGCGUUGGUAUCUACAAAUGUGUGUCAACGAUGAUGGCAAGUGUGUUGCGUGUGUCGAACUGAAAGGUCUGGCGAAGACCCUCGUGUUUCGUCGGCGGCUGCGACGCUGGGCCAUCAUCCAACGGUUCGUACACGAGGGCGUAGGCGGUGAGCAGGCCGGGCCACAUCGUGCCUUCUUUUGCCGCAGCCUCGACCUCCUCCUAAGUGAUCCCGAGGCUGACCCCAGAUUCCUGAAGCUGUCGGCGGCAGUGGCGGUCAGGACCGGUCGCAAUAUGGAGGAUGAAGUCUUCGUUACACGACCGCCGUCAAUCCUCGAUGAGACACCUACUGUUGUUUUCGCUGAGUUUGAACCCGAACCUGGCUCAGGAAGCCGCUCCGAUGGGCUCGAGAACCAAUCGAAGAAAGCCCCGAUAAAGGCACCAAAUCCUCCUACACUAUGCACAACCAGCCUUCCAUGCCUCGUCUGCUCUGAGAUGACAACGCAGGUGCCGCUCGACCCAUCACCCGCCAGAAUGCGCCAAUCGCAGUCGCACCCAACGCGAUCGCAGCAGCCCACCCAACUGACACCUGAUGUCGUGCUACCUGUCCUCGCGAGACUCGUCCCAGGUAGAAGAAUCGGCUGCCAUUACCGCCAGGGUUUGUUGGCCGAUUGUGACGCGAACGCUGACUGCCCCACAUCUCGAUGUGCCCCUCUAUACCCUUUCCAGCCACUAUAUACGACAUCGUCCGACUCGCUGGUCAUUUGCAGCCUCCUCGACAUACUCUGCCACCUCAACGAGGAUUCUCGAGAAAGGGCCAGGUCGAAAGAAGAUGAGGGCGGGCAGAGUAUGCGCAAAGGCUGCUGUGGGACGUGGAGCAAAGAAAACCAGACGAGAAUCACCUACGGGACCAUUCCAGACCUUGCGGGAUCAUUGCCGCUGCGAGAGUACCGAGCCUUCUUUCAUGCAAUCCAGCCCGAACGCAAAAGCCAGAAGCCCUCUUGGGCAAGUGCCCCAGACGAAGAAGAAGCCGAAGAUGGCGAGGAACGCGCUGAGCACGGCCAGGGCAGAGGAGGGAAGCAUAAGAGACGGUUGAGAUCUGUCUUCAUACCGGCUGGAAUGCUUGACAGUGACUGUCAUUUUUGGAGCGCAGAUAAUGCAUGCGGUGGUAGAGCCCCCACAAGGCCGAGCGUGUGGCAGAUCAGUCUACUCGCCGUACGUGAGGCUACAGUAUCCAUUGUUGCAUGCUUUGGCGUCGCCGCGGGUCCAGUGAUAUAA